GUGGGGCAGGUAGUGAGGGGGUUAAGUGGUUCCCAAUCCCUCCCUGUUUGGGGAGGAGCACAGUUUGUGUCCCCUGAAUGAGAUCUGAUGGUGUGAGUGAGAGACUCAGAGAGCUGCCACAAUGACUACCAAAAACAUCGCCCUAUUCGGUGCCACCGGCAUGACUGGCACAGUGACCCUGGCACGGGCUCUGGAUGCAGGUAAUGGGCCCCCAGGGGCCACACACUUUACCUGAUACAAUGUCUCAGGAAAUGGCAGGAGGAGCUAGCAUCAGAUCCUGGGGCAAGGAGCUUACAAUCUAUUAAUCUGUUCAAGGACCUAUGAAAACUAUUGGUGCUGGCUCUUUUUUAAUCCAAUAUACAGAUCACACAUUGUAAAAACAUAUGCAAAAUAAUAAUAAUAAUAAUUCUUGAAGUGUUUGACCAGCUUCUUAAUCAGAGACUGAAGUUAACUCAUUCACUGCUCAUAAAGUAAUGUAAAAAAAAAAUAAUUUUAAAAAUGUGCAUGCUGUGCCAGUGCUGUUCUGUGGAAAGUGAAGUUGUGCUAAAAGGUUAUAACCACAACUGCCCGUCCGUUCGUUUGUUGUUGGAAAUGAACGAGAAUGAAGGCUGAAAAAUGUGUGUACAGUAUUUAUUUUUAAUAACUGGCCCGCACACAUACCUGGAUCCGUCAUGUGUGUAACGGUUAGUUAUGAGUUGGGCUAGAAGUAGUUUAUUUAUAUAUAAUAUAGUUUGUUUUUGUUUUUUUACUUUACUUGCAUUGCUUAGAUUAAUCCCUGCAGAAUUCCCAAACAUACCUGCACACGGACUUCGAUUCUCUGUAGCAUGCCCGAACACUCCGGAGACGUCGUGGGACGGCAAAGUAUUCCAGAACGUGGGAACACAGCGGCAGUAAGUAUUGGGGUUCAGUUCAGCUUUAUAUUUUCUUAUCUUACAGAGGAAUUAUCUCUUCUCAAUUGCUGAAUAAAACGUCGAAAAUAAACUUGUGUCAACCUUUUUUUAACCGUGAUACUCCUUUUUUCAAUGUAAAUGAAAGAUUGAGCUACUGUCAGCAAUGUCCAGUUCAUUGACCAGAUUCCAAGAUGGAGGCGCCCAGUUGCAGGAUAAAGGGGUGUUUAUUGCUAUAUUUCAUUUUAUUUUUUUAUACACCUCACAAACACAUCGUUGUUAAAUAAAGCGGAGAAGUAAACGGAUAUUUGAUGUCCUGGAAAAUGACCGUACUCCUUUCAUUUUUACAUGACUGCACUCGAUUUCCUUGAAAUCAUUUGGGAAAACAUUGAGCUUGUCUCUUACUUGGCCCAUUUUAUUACAAAUGUAGUAUUCAUUUCUCCCCCCUGUCAGGGUAAUUUCAGACUGUCGUCCAGAUUUGCAAUUCUCCUAUUUAUGCAGAUCUGGCAUCAUUCAUAGUCUGCUUUAAAAUCCGCGAUUCUCACCUGCAAAUACUUUAGAAAAUCUUAGAUUUGCAUAAUUAUCACACAAAUACAUUUCAACCCGAUUCACUCAAAACAACCAUAGAAACAAAUCCAGAAAACCUUCACCUGACGCACAAGUAUCCGGCAAAGGGUUAAACUAGACAGAAAUAAUUCUAUAAUAUGCAUUGUAUAAGCUCCCUCGGUGGGUUUAACGCUUUUUCAGUAGAUGUUAAGUAAAUGGUGCUGUAGAUUUGCUGGUUUUAGAAUUGGCCGCCGCUUGCUAACGUGGUCCAGCUGAAUUUCUGUCCAUUGGGUAGAAUCGAAUUUGCAGGUAACGGCCAAUUCUGUUGAAUCUUAGCGUUCGGUUAAGCAUUUCCAUUAUUCGUAUCCAGAAAUCAGCCGUUGUAUCCAGACAGAAUUCAGAUUGGAAUGUGGGCUAUGUUCAAAGCAAUUCAUUGCAGUGCCCCGUGACGGAGAAUCGGAAACCAUGAUUUUUGAUCUCCACCGUGGUAUUCGCCUAAAACUUGUAUAUUUCCAUUUAUCAUAAUAAUUCCCAAUCUGUGUCCAUAGAUCGUACUGCUCAGUUUCCAAUGAUUUUGCCUUAAAUGCAGGAGGAAUAAAACACACAAGCCUUUUUUCCUUUACCUGCCCCGCUUGUUACAUUGUUAUUAUUUAUAAAUCUCCGAGUCGCUUCUUUGAUUUGAGUUCACUGCAGAAGCUGCAAAAGGACGGCAAUUAGCAGCAAAUGCAGAAACUUCAAAUGUGAAUAUUUUUUUUUAAUUUUAUUUUUUAUAUAUAUAUAAUAUAAUGUUUCGGAAACAUCAGUUUAAUUGGUUUAAAUCUGACCAUAUGGCUGGUUUGUGCUUAUAAGUGCAGUGUCUGUCUGUUAAAUAACUUGUGUUCAAUAUUCAUUUAAAGCGACAGUUUCUCAUUCCCUCACACCAGAAAACGGAUAAAUUCUGUACGAGUGCAUGCGCGCUUUGUGUUUCCUCCAUCAUCGAGCGUGCAUGUGCCAUGUGCACAGCACUGCAGGUUUUAUUACCUUACAUGCUUUGUACGGUGUGCUUGGCACAGCAUGUCAGUUUUAAGAAAAAUACCAAAAAAAAAUCUAGGAAGAAAAAAAAUAUUAGUAUACUCAAUAGCGAACGUUUAUAGAGCUCUCUGGUUGUGCUAAAAUCUUGGAAGUGACCACUGCUCUUUAAGGACCAUUAGGUGAUUUCUGUUAAUAUAGAAUUUGCGCAAGUGAUCAUUUGUCUUUAAAGUAUUUCACCUAAUUCUUGCUGAGUCAAGUCCUGCAAACAAUGCAGCAAGGAGAUAAGCAGGGACCUCUCCCUCCUACUCCAACAUGUUAACCAUUAACCAACGCUCGUGGUAGGAUUUUGUCUGUCUGUGUGUCAGUGCUGCAUAAUGUAAUCAAACAAAUAAUGGAGAACAUCAUUAUAUGCAAAGUGUCAAACUCAAGCGUUUGUGGAAGACGUCACUGAUUUGUAGAGCUUGCAAUCUAAUGUACGAGGGUUUUAGAUUUGCUUUCGGUUGGCAUUCCUGUGACAAGCAACGUUGGCAAAUGCCACCAUAGAUUUAAUGCAGAAUAAAUGAAAUGUGUUUAAUGACGUCCUGCGUGUCAUGGUGUAAGCCGGAGGAAAGUGGAUAUUUUUUGUGAUUAUUUAGGAAAUGACUGACUUUAGAAAGGCCGGUAUCCUUACUGGAAUACAAACAAACUGCCUUGAUCGCAGCUGCCAUUUCCAGUGUAUUUUAAAGAAUUCUAUGAAGAUUCAAUGAUCAAAAGUGUUUUUCUGUUUAAAGGAAAAUUUCUGCAAAACGAAUCUGUAAAAUGUUAUAACUUCAAAAUAUGUGCAAAUAUUUGUGCAAAAAAAGAAGAACCUCUAUUUUAUUACCUUUAUUACCUAUAUGUUAAAGUUGAAACGUUGAGGAUUUUAAGAAUUUCUGUUUCAUCUUAUUGGUCAGUUUAAUAAUAAUUUUAUUUUUUGGUUUUCUCGAAAACUCUGUUUGGCUACGUUGGCAAUUCUUAUCUUGCCAGCCCAACACUGUUAUCUUGUAGCCUCUACUGUAUAACAGACGGAAGGCUUCGAUAAGCUGCAGCCGUUUGCUCCUCUUUAGAAUGUGUUGAUCGAUGUCUGACUAAUUGACUAUAAUGAAUUCUACAUUAUUUCACAUAGAUCUGUAACUCUGUGCCUCUGUUGCAGGGUUCAAUGUGACGGUGCUGGUGAGGGACCCAUCACGGCUCCCUCCUGACCCAAAGCCAUCCAAGAUCAUUGUGGGCGACGUGCUGAAUAAAGCGGACGUGGCGAAGGCCGUGGAGGGGCAGGAUGCGGUGAUCAUCGUUCUGGGGACAAGGAGUGACCUUGGUAAUGUUUCUGGUUUUCCAUUAAAUGGAAAUCUAACUAUUCGAUUCAGUAGUCGUCCAUUUUGCCAAAUUUCAGCACAGCGAUUUGAACAGUGUAUUGUUUAAACUAGCGAUAAUUUUACCGUAAUAAACAGGGCAGAAUGAAUCGGAUCAGGCCAUGUUAUCGAUCACUACUAUAUUAGCUAUUUAUUCAAUUCCCCAGCAUUGUUUUGGCAGCCUUGUCCUGAUUUUCUGCCAUAACUGGUGCAGGACUCUCGUGGGGAGUAUAGUUCUGUGUCUUUAAAUGUCUUUGCCUUAUUAGCAUCUUGGCAGUUAUUUUUAGAUUAUUAGAAAUAUCCCAAAUCUCUAGCAGAGACUCCUUAAUAGGAUACAUAGAGCCCACCCCGUAAUUAUUAUUAUAAUUUUUAUAGCGCCAACAAUGGGUAUUGCAGCUGUACAGUAAGGCGCUCACUUGGUUUCUCUUUAUGGGUGUACAAAAUGUCAAAUAAGAUAGGUUUCUUUACUAAAGAUAAAUUGGGUUAUUUGUUGACGUGAAAAUUGUCAGGAAUUCAAAAUGAAUUUCAAAUUUUAAGGCCAAAAUAAUCAAACUGUAAAAAUUCUUUAAAGUCGUUAAACGGUUUAUUUAAAGGUUACAGAGCCUUAGAAUCUGCAGCCGUAGCGUUCAUUGACUGAGAGUGUCAGCUGACCGCUCAGCCCAGGACUCUAGUGACAAUGCGGAACGUGGAAUUACACCUCCGCCAGCAGAGGGGUUCAUUCCGUAUGACUCCAUACAGAGUGAAGGCACCAUGACCACUUCAGAUCAUUACAGUGGUCAUGGUGCUUGGAGUAACACUGUGAAAUGCACUUUGAAUUCCUGAAAAUCCUCUCCUUAGUAAAUAAUCCCAUAAAAUUGAUCUUUCCCUGAUAUAUUCGCUAUUACUGGGGGUGUCAGAUUAAGUUAAUUUGCUAAUUACGCAGUAUUUUUGGUGAGUCAGAUAUACUGUAUUGUCCCAUACCCCAUCCCUGCCACCUAUGUCAGACAGUGUGACUACCAGGAGAGCCAGUGGGGCUAGUAAUAGCUGCAUGACCACAGGUGGUUUGUACAGAGUUUGGGUGUCUGUUGCACUUCCUGGUCUCAGAUCCUCUGUUUUUGGCUUGCUGUCUGGUGUCAGUGCCGCGUGUCGCCACUAGGUGGGGCAGUGAGCCAGAACGCCGUGGAUCUUGCUCGCGUUCUAGUAAAUGCUGGAACAUUGCAAUCGAUGUCACGUGUAACGACCGUGCUGUCUCUUAGAGCAGUUAAUGCCGGACUCGGCUGGCUACAACGUUACAUAUCUCAAUCAUGUUCAUAGUUUGAAAUUACAGAACAUCUAUUGCCUAGUGUUACUGUCUCACAGACUCGGUGCUGGGGGGAUACAGUCCGUGAUUACCUGGGGUCUGAUCCGAUAUCUAAGACCCAGUGACACUGCACAGGUACAUUCUGAGUACUGGCCCAGGGGUUAAUAACGACUAAUAUACAGCGACAGAGAUCCACGGAGUUAAAAGAAUUAGGUCAUAUUAGUGGGCCAAAAACUCUAGGCUUUAUGAGUCCUUCAGACUUACUCCAUAGUGACUAUAAAAAGGAUCCGGUACUCUCCUAUACCGAGUAUAAAGGGGAUCCGGUACUCUCCUAUACCGAGUAUAAAAAGGAUCCGGUACUCUCCCAUACUGGGGGAAUAAAGGAUCCGGUAUUCUCCUAUACUGGGGGAAUAAAGGAUCCGGUACUCUCCUAUACUGGGGGAAUCAAGGUUCCGGUACUCUCCUAUACUGGGGGAAUAAAGGUUCCAGUACUCUCCUAUACUGGGGGAAUAAAGGUUCCGGUACUCUCCCAUACUGGGGGAAUCAAGGUUCCGGUACUCUCCUAUACUGGGGGAAUAAAGGUUACUGUACUCUCCUAUACUGGGGGAAUAAAGGUUCCGGGAAUCUCCUAUACUGGGGGAAUAAAGGUUCCGGGAAUCUCCUAUACUGGGGGAAUAAAGGUUCCGGUACUCUCCUAUACGGGGGGAAUCAAGGUUCCGGUACUCUCCUAUACUGGGGGAAUAAAGGUUCCGGUACUCUCCUAUACUGGGGGAAUAAAGGUUCCAGUACUGUCCUAUACUGGGGGAAUAAAGGUUUCAGUACUCUCCUAUACUGGGGGCAAUAAAGGUUUCGGUACUCUCCUAUACUGGGGGAAUCAAGAUUCCGGUACUCUCCUAUACUGGGGGAAUCAAGAUUCCGGUACUCUCCUAUACUGGGGGAAUAAAUUCCGGUACUCUCCUAUACUGGGGGAAUAAAGCUUCCGGUACUCUCCUAUACUGGGCGAAUAAAGCUUCCGGUACUCUCCUAUACUGGGGGAAUAAAGGUUCGUGUACUCUCCUAUACUGGGGGAAUAAAGGUUCCGGUACUCUCCUAUACUGGGGGAAUAAAGCUUCCGGUACUCUCCUAUACUGGGGGAAUAAAGCUUCCGGUACUCUCCUAUACUGGGGGAAUAAAGGUUCCAGUACUGUCCUACACUGGGGGAAUAAAGGUUCCAGUACUGUCCUACACUGGGGGAAUAAAGGUUCCGGUACUCUCCUAAUCUUGGGGAAUCAAGAUUCCGGUACUCUCCUAUACUGGGGGAAUAAAGGAUCCGGUACUCUCCUAUACUGGGGGAAUAAAGGAUCCGGUACUCUCCUAUACUGAGUAUAAAAAGAAACACAGAUUGUUACCGUAUCCACUGAUCAGGGGUAACAUUUAUUUCAGGAGUACAUUCUGCUGAGGGGGAACGUUGAUUGUUGCAGUAGUUAGCUCAGAUGGAACACUAAUUAUAGAGUGCUAAAACAAAGCUUUCAUUUAGGCAUUUAUUUUUUGAAGGUCCCACGACUAUGAUGUCAGAAGGAACCAGGAACAUUGUGGAGGCGAUGAAGGAGAACAAGAUUCGCAAAGUUGUGGGGUGCAUGUCAUGUGAGUGUCUGCUUACUAUUGGGGGAUCGUAUAGGGGAAAACAGUCCCAGAUCUGCACUUUAAUCAAUUCAUUAAAUAAAACCUGCAAACUGACUGAUGUGUUAAAUAAUAAAGUUCUAUAGAAAAUGUAAAAGUCCAAGAGAAGAAUAUCUCCCCCUGGACGCUGGCUAGUUUGCUUGAGAUAAGGUCGCCAACAAUGUCCCUCUCUGAAUAUUGCUCUCUCACGUGGGGUAGUGACUGUACAAAGAGUAAUCUGGUACCCUGUGUAUUAGUUUUAAUAGUCGGUAAAUCUAAUCACACUGAUAUCUUGGUACUGAGAAGGAAUCUCUGGUAUUUUUUUACCCCCUUUUAAGUGAAAGUAGAACUCCGGUAUUUUUGGUGGAGUUGUGUUCUUUCCUUUCUCUGAUGUUAAUCAUUGUGUAUUGGGGUAUUCAAUUCCUAGCGUUACUGGGAGAAGAAGGAAGUUUGGCGUAAGCUCUGUGUUAGACCUCAGUCAUGUGAUGUACAGUUUUCGUGUGUUUACCACAAAUCAUGUGACUCACAGUCGAUGUUUGUAGUCCAGUUGCUGUUUAUGACAUUUGGAGCAGAAAGCUCUGUUUAAAGCUGUGUGGGCCCGAUGACUAGACGUUGAAUUAGAUUGUGUGAGCUUUAUCCGGUAGGUGGCCGUGGGUUGGUGAGAUUUAUCCGGUAGGUGGCCGUGGUUGGUGAGUAUUAUCCAGUAGGUGGCCGUGGGUUGGUGAGUUUUAUCCGGUUGGUGGCCAUUGGUAGGAUGCAGAGAUGGCCUCACGUUGGCCGUGGUCAUUCGGCGACCAUGUCCUCUGAAUAUUGUUCUAUCACUGGUAAUGUUGCCAUUUUCUCCUGUUCCAGCUUUCCUUCUGUGGGACAUCGCCAAAAUCCCUCCUCGUCUGCUGCCGGUCACAGAGGACCACAUCCGAAUGCAUCAGGUUUUGAAGGACUCAGGCCUGGACUUCGUAGCUGUUCUCCCUCCGCACAUUGCAAGUGAGUGGUGGCCCAGGUCCACUUACGGUGUGUAGAUACAUAUUGGUGGUCCCAUGCAGGACACCAGAUUCAAUCUGUCUUGGUUUGAGGUGACGGACAGAUUAACGAUAUAUUGUUCGUAAAGGUUUUAACAGAGUUAUGUAACCUGAGCUGCUCCACAGGAGGUGGAAUAUGUAGUCCUGAUGUAACCACAGCAAAAUUUACACAUUCAUUUUUAUUUUUUUUCCUUUUCUGUGCAGAGGACAAGCCAUUCACCGGUGAUUAUACAGUGACCGCGGAAGGACGUGGCGGCAAUGUGAUCUCCACACAGGACCUCAGUCACUUCUUCCUCCAUUGUUUGUCUGCCGACGAAUAUGAUGGCAAAAGUGUGACUUUGUCUCGGGAUUACUCUAACCUGUAACUUGCCAUGUUUGAGGCAAUAACAGUAGUGUUUGGGAGCUUGUCCCAUAAGCUUACAAUCUCAGAAUCUCCAUUAAAAUGUUCAUUUAAAAUAAGUAGAGCAGGUUCAAUCUUGGAUUAAAAUGUAUUUUUUAAUAUAUAAAAUGUCAACUAUCUUACAAUAAGUGAUAACAAUCUGGUGUAAUGACUUCUAUAAAACUGCCUUUACAUGACUAAUCUGCUGUAGGAUCCUGUAGAUAAGUGCCAACACUUUUAUAUUUUAAACCCCAAAUAAUUUUCAGUUCCGCUGUUAAUGAGGGGCAUGAUAUUAAUAGUGGAAUUUAUAAAACACACUCUGAAAUAAAUAAAUAUCAAAAACAUGUUUUGUAAUCAUUCACAAAGAACGCUACCCGCAAAAACAACU